CUUUACGCACCGCGUCCCGAGGCCCCGGCGGACAGACGGAGAGAAACGGGCCGCAGGAAGAACCGAAUUCUGCUGAGCUGCGACCCGGAGAAAGCUCCAGAACAAUGGAUGACUGACACAUGAGAAAUAUUGACCGAACUGUUUCUGGAGCGCAGCAGACUGUCACCUUUUUUCCUUUCUUAUUGCUGUUUGUUUAAAACGCAAGAAUCGUUCUCAGCAGAAAGGAUUUUCCUCUCUGUUUGGAUUUUCUCUGAAAACUAUUCGCCCUGCAAAGGAUUUUAUUCUUCUCUUUUUUUAAAUUCUGAUUUUUGAAGCAAUCUGGUCGCAGAUCAAAAACUUUCUCCUCCAACGAUCCGCAUUGGGGAUGUUGAGCUCUGUGAAGAUGGAAGCCCAUGAUUUACCAGAAUGGAAUACUUUCUACAGUGAGGCCAGCGAGAUGUAUUCCUCUCCCAGCACCAUGAACUCCGGUCUGGGCUCCAUGGGCUCGAUGGGAACCAUCAACAGCUACAUCAACCUGAACCCGGCCACGGCGGCGCCCGCCGGGAUGAACAUGGCGUACCCCAGCUCCAGCCUCAGCAGCUCCCCGCUGGCCUCCAUGGGCUCGGGCCCCGGCCACAUGUCCCUGUCCCCCGUGGCGUCCUCGCUGGGCUCGGGCCCGCUCACCCAGCUGGGCCCCGCCGCGCCGUCCUCCCUGGGCUCCCUGUCUCACUACCAGAACAUGGGCCAGUCCAUGAGCCAGCUGGGGUACCCGUCCACCGCCUCGCUCAACCGCGCCGGGCCCAAAGAGAUCCCGCCGAAGCCCUACCGGCGCUCCCUCACCCACGCCAAGCCCCCGUACUCCUACAUCUCGCUCAUCACCAUGGCGAUCCAGCAGAGCGGCAGCAAGAUGCUGACCCUGAACGAGAUCUACCAGUGGAUCAUGGACCUGUUCCCCUACUACCGCGAGAACCAGCAGCGCUGGCAGAACUCCAUCCGCCACUCGCUCUCCUUCAACGACUGCUUUGUGAAGGUGGCUCGCUCGCCGGACAAGCCGGGCAAGGGCUCCUACUGGACGCUGCACCCCCAGUCGGGAAACAUGUUCGAGAACGGCUGCUACCUGCGGCGCCAGAAACGCUUCAAGAUCGAGGACAAGAUGGCGAAGAAGGCCGGGAAGAACCAGGAGGGCGGCUCGGGGAAAGGGGGCCACGGCGCCGACCACCUGGGGGAGCAGCACAGCCCCGCGGAGGGGUCCGAGGGCCCCGACUCCGCCCACUCUGACAACUCGCACCCGGGGUCGUCCGACGACCAGCCCCUGCCCCGGAGCAGCCUGGUCCCGCUGGACUGCCCGCCGCUGUCCUCCUCGCACCUCCACAGCCCGCCCGUGUCCCUGCCGGCGUCCUCCUCCACCUCCUCCUCCAUCCCGCCGUCCUCCCUGGCCCUGUCGGCCUCCUCGGCGUCCAACCCGCUCCUCCACUCCCAGCCUCUCUCCGGCAGCCCCCACCUGCUCCCCGGCGCCAUGCAGCAGCACAUGGACCUACAGAACGACGCCCUCAAGUCCCUGGACCCCCACUACAACUUCAACCACCCCUUCUCCAUCACCAACCUAAUGUCCAACGAGCAGAAGAUGGACCUGAAGUCCUACCAGGACCAGGUGAUGGCCUACAACAGCUACGCCGGGAGCUCGCCCGUCGGCGCCAAGCAGAUCUACGACAGCCCGGGCCCGGCCGCCAUGGACUCCGGGGCCUACUACCAAACUCUGUACAGCCGCUCGGUGCUCAACGCCUCCUAAUGCGCACACGCACACACACACACCCCCACACACACACACACACACACACACGCACACGCACACACACACCUAUCUGCAGAGGUGAGCCAAGAUGGAGACUUCUGUUUCUCUCUGCCUUUCCCAAAAUGGACACCGGGCUCUCGUUAUCUUCCUCUUUUCUUUCUCCCUCCCUCCCUCUCUGGCUCCCGUCCAGCGGCCUUCCAAGGGACGCCUGUCUGAAAUGGCCGCCGCAUUCGACAGACCAAACAACAUUUUCACCCUUUUUUUUUUCUCUCUCUCUCUUCUUCUUCCCCGCCGACACCGACUAGAGGAGGCCUGUUGGUUACAAGAGGACAGAAAAUAAAGAGUCAGUCUGGUCUUCAGAGUCGGGCCGUGUCUCAGGGACACUGCGAGGCAACAAUUAGCUCUGUAUAACAUGUAAAUACAAGUAAUGUGGGGGCAGAAAGGAUAUUUGCAUUUAUUUAUGAAGGGGAUAAAUUUUAAUAUAUCGUAUAUAGCGCGCUCUGUCGACCGGUUACAACGCCGACGUGAGCUUGAGGUUCAGGUUACUGCAAAUGGGAGACAGUUAAGCUCAUGUUUCUGUGUUACAACAUGUUGUUCAGCGUUUUGUUUUUGUUUGUUUGUUAGUUUGUUUGUUUGUUUUUUUUUGUUCCAUCAGGCAUCCGUCAAUGUAAAUGUAGCUCAUGAAGUUUGUACAUUUGAAAAGUGGUUUGUUAUUUUGGUUAAUAUGAAGAGAAAAAAAAAAUGCAUUUUGUCUUUGCUGAAGCACAAAUGAGGAAAAAAAAAAAUAACUGAAAAAAGGCAAAGAAACUGUGGUAACAAGAAAGAAAGACAAAAAAAAAAAUAGUGAUGAUGACGUGUUUCUGCUUCACUUCUUCUUACUGAAAAGAUUUUCCCAGUUCAGGACAGCAGAUGGGCGAGACGCUCGCUCAGUUACUUUCACAGUGGCGGGGAGGAGAGACGCACUACGGCAGGAUUUGCAUACAGUACUUUGCACUAUGGAGCUCCCGCCGUCCAGGUGGGCUGAUAGUGUGUGUGUUUGUGUGUGUGUGAGUGUUACAACAAUGCUUAGGAACCGCCCUCCUUUACACCGCCAAUCCAUCGGCUCAGUGGGAUCAGUGUCGGGUGACCCUCGACGUCCCAAAAAAAAAAAAAGCCUUU